AUGCCUGUCGAUCGCAGCCGUGCCAAGACUAGCUCCCCGUCCAAAGCUCGCUCCUUGAAUUUCGCUCCAUCCAACGACGCCACAUCUGCACUAGCCCGAGCCGGCCCUGCUGCUGCUACCUACUCUUCCACUCCUACUUUCACCACCGGUGCAAGCUCCUCCCGCCAGCCUCCCGCAGCCGUAGCUGACGUCGCACCCGCAGUGCCUCGUAGAAGUCGAAGAAUUUCUGCUACCACUGCGCACACCGACGACUUUUCCGACACUCGCAGCGAGACUUCCUUCUCCUCCUACGGCCAACUCUCAGCUCCCGUGACCCCUGCCACCGCUAUCUCUGCUUUUGCCUCCUACCCUUCUUCCAUCGGCCGCAAGUCUCUCGCCUCGUCACCCGGUGCUUCCCCGGUCUCACCCGUUUCCACCUUGGCGCCCCUUCAAGCCACCCCAUCCCGGGCUGGUACCGGUGUAUCCGCCUCCGGCUCUUUUUCCUCGAACCUCGCCGCGAGUUCCGUGACCAGGUCGAACUCGAAAGGCGGUAAAGGCAAAGGCAAGGCGAAAGCCACCUCGGAUUCUCCGGCUCAAAACGCCACUUCUUCAUCGGCUUCCACCUCGACUUCUGCCAAAGGAAAACGCAAGGCGGCUUCCAGCAACACUGGAUCAACCGCUUCGCCCGCAUCUGCAGCCGCUUCCAGUAGCAAGCGGCAAAAGACCUCUCCGAAGGCAAGCGGCUCGAACAAAGCUUCGCCCCGCGCAUCUUCCACCUCGACCUACUCGCUCCGCUCUCGUGGAGACAACGGCACUUCGUCCGCCACCUCCAAAAUGACCGGCCUCAAUUCGAACGCCACCGACGCCCGCAGCUCUGCUCGCUCCUCGUCUGCUAAGCCCAGGCCGUCUGCCAAGUCCAAGCGCGCGUCGACCAGCGGUUCGACUCGUACGGCACCCAGCACGCAACAGCUCGAAUGCUCCGACGAGUCCGGCUCGCAUUUGGCCAACGACGACAACGACAACGGCGACGUGCACAUGUCGGAACUCAGCGAGGUCGAAGGUCAGGACCGUUCGAAGACGGGAGCUUCGGCCGACCCUCCCGUUGGCAUCGUCGAGGAACCGGCGGACAACGAUGCGCAUGAGCACGACGCAGAGCUGCAUACCGAAGAUGAGCACCUGGAAGAGCAUCUGGACGAUCUCGAUCAUGACGACGAAGACGACGGCGACGGCAAUGAGGAUGACGAAGACGAUGACCACGAUGACCACAACGACGAGGAAGGUCGGCCCUCGCGUGCAGCUGAUGGGCUAGGCACUUUCGAGGACGACGACGAUGAUGAUGACGAUGACGAUGACGGAGACGGAGACGACGGCGAAGGCGACCACGGCGGUGGCGUCUUUGGCCUCAACCUGCGUGCCAUGGCCGGGUACAUGUCAGGCCUGUCGACCCGCUUCCGCAGCCUGCUCACAUCGUUGCGCAACGAGCAAGACCCCACUGCCCAGAUGGUCGCCCUGCAGGAGCUGUCCGAGCUGCUCAGCGUGAGCACCGAAGACACGCUCGCCGGCUACUUCCCUACCGACUCGUUUGUCAAGGAGCUAGUCUACAUCCUAGGCGGGCCCAAACCCGAUCGUCACGAUGUCGGCGGCAAGUCUUCCAGGCUCCAGCCCGCCGACGACGACCUCGACGACGAGAUGAAGGCUGUGCUAGCCGCUGCCGCCGCUGCCGAUAUGGAAGACAACGGCGAAAAGAUGCUGCUCGCCUGUCGCUGCCUGGCCAACCUGAUCGAGGCCAUGCCCUACGCCGCCCAUAGCGUCGUCGCCAACGGCGCCAUUCCCGUCCUCAACGCCAAGCUAAUGGAAAUCACCUUCAUCGACCUCGCCGAACAGGUGCUGCAGACGCUCGAAAAGAUUUCGCAAGACUAUCCCAGCUCUAUUGUCAAAGAAGGAGGUCUGUCUGCGAUCCUCCAGUACCUCGACUUUUUCAACAUCCAUAUCCAGCGUACGGCCAUGACGGCUGCCGCCAAUUGCUGCCGCAAGCUCACCCCGGACUCGCUGAGCAUGGUCCGCGAUGUGAUGCCGAUCAUCCAGAACGUGCUUACCUACAGCGACCAGCGUCUCGUCGAGUCGGCGUGCAAGUGCGUCGUUCGCGUCAUCGAGAGCUACAGGGCCCACCCGGAGCUGCUCGAGCAGCUCUUGACGAGCGAGCUGCUGGCCGCGCUCAACAACUUGCUGCUGCCCGCCUCAUCCUCGACGAGCUCCAACACCACACUCGGCGCCAGCGUCUACACUGAUGUGCUCAAGGCGCUCGGCACCGCCUGUCGAAGCAGCCCUCGCCUCGCUGUGGUCCUGUUGGAGAACAACAUCGUCGAGACGCUCUACCACCUUCUCACGGGCUCGCCCGCUCCCGCAGAUUCGGCCAGCGCUCCCGUACUGCACGGCAUCCAGCUCGAGUCCGAGCCGGCGACCGGGCCUGCCAGUGCUUCCGAGACGGCCGCCGUCGCUGUUGUGCCCGAAGCAGGCGCAGACGUGGCCAGCUCCUCGGUCGCCGUGGCUGACAUGGCGGUGCUGCAAAACCUUGCGCAGCGUCCGAAAGAACAGAUCCAAGAAGCCUUGUCGUUGGUGGGCGAGCUGCUGCCUCCUCUUCCUCGUGACGGCGUCUUUGACCCUCGGGGCUAUACUGAGAAGGCGUACCUCAGGCGUGCUGCUGCCAAGAAGGGGCCUGCUCCUACAAGCUCCGCAGCUCCAUCGCAGCAGAAUGGCGAGCAGACGGCAUCGGGCGCCGCUACUCCUACUUCUACCGAGCUGGCUCGUCCCGCCUCUUCGCGCUCCAGCUCGACUCGAAGCAAGGCGUCGCGCACCAAGUCGGAGAAAGAGCUUGCCCGCGAGGCGGCCCAGGCCAAGCGUGUCGAGAUGCUGCAGAGCCGCACCGCCCUCGUCAAGCGGUUUGCCCACCUUGUGCUACCCACAUUGGUCGAAGUCUACGCGGCCAGUGUGGCGCUGCACGUGCGGCACAAGGCAAUCAACGGCAUUCUCAAGAUCAUCAGCUUUGUCGAUCCCGAGUCGCUGGGCGAAGCGCUCGAUAAUGUUCCUCUCGCCAGCUUUCUGGCAGCUGUCCUCUCGUCUCGCGACCACUCGACUCUUGUCAAUGGAGCGCUCCAGAUUGUCGAAUUGCUCACCGAGAAGCUCCCCUCGCUGUACACGGCGCUGCUCCGACGUGAGGGCGUCAUGUGGGAGAUCGACGACAUCGCAUCGCAGACCCCUUCUGCCAACGGCGCCAGCGCCGACAAGUUGACAAGUGCUGCAGGUGAUGCCGAUCGAAGCUCGAGUGCUCAGCCGUUGACUCUGCCGCGUCCUGGUUCGGGUAGUGCGGCCGUCGAAGCAGCUCUGGACGCUGCCAGCAUUGGCUUGUCUCCGAGCUCUGGCCUCGCCCGUCUCAUCGCAGCUGCCUCCGGCGCGGGGCACGGAGCCACACUCGUCGACGCACUCGGCAAUCGUGUCUCGUCGGUCCCUUCGUCCACAUCUGCCUUCAAUGCGCAAAGCUCGAUCGAGGCGAUGGAUGCGAGCAUCUGGCGAGCGCGCGUCUUGCGCGACAAGUUUUCGGCCGAGGCCACGUCCUCGCAAGGCGCACAGAGCGCCGCGCAGGCACUCGACCACAUCAAGGGCCUCGUCAAGCGUCUCUACGCUGCUGCCGCCGAUGGUCAAGUGUCGGACGCCGAAGAAGUCUUGCAGCAGGUCGCCUCGCUCUUCUCCCGCAGCGAGGAUCCCAUGUCGAGCUUCGAGCUGCUCCGCUCUGGCUUGGUCGAGUCUCUGUACUCGUUUGCCACGUCUGUGGAAGGAGGCAUCUCACUGGAACGCAGACGUUCGCUGCUCAUUGCGACAUUGAUGGAUACCGACGCCAAGACGGGUCAGAGCGGCGCCGCCGUCCUCGUCAGAAGGCUGCAGGAAGCGCUGAGCCGCUUGGAGAACGUUGAGAUCACCACCGCGCUCAGUGGAAGCGGCGACGAGGUGCGCAAGAGUCCCAGCGCCAUGCUCGGUCGUCAGCUGCGAUUGCGGUUGCAGGCGGAAGAUUCCGCCGACAUACCGCGCAGCUGCAACAACAUCAUCGUCACCAUCCACGCUGUGGCCACCUUCCAGUCUCUGAGCGACUAUUUGCGACCCAAGAUCUCUGUGUCGAGUGCUGCAUCUAGUUCAGGGGGGUCGGGCUCUGGCGUCGGUGCUGCGGGCUCGUCUGCCUCGUCACGCCUCUCGUCCGUCCUCGCAGCCUUCGCAGCUGCGACUGGAUCUGGUGGCUUCCCCGAGCUCGCUGGUAGCAGCAAGGACGCCAGUGCCUCACGCUCGUCCGGCAAGAAGCCUGCUGACGAGUCGGGCAAAACCGAAGGUGCAGGCAGCUCGAGCACCACCGACACUGCCUCUGCCGACAAGGCCGACGAGGACAAGGAGGACGGCGAUGGUAAGAGCGAGCAGAAGCAGGGCGAGACAUCCAGCUCUACUCAGGCCGGUCCGGACCGGGAUACGGAAGCGCGCGAAGAAGCGCGAGCGCUGGCUCGACAUCUCUUCGGUGAGCAGGAACGUCCCCUUGGCACAGCUGAAACCGAAGGCAAGGCAAGAGACAGUUCCAGCGCCACCAACAACACGGAUGACGAACGCCAAUCCGACGAGGCGCUUGCACGUACGCUCAUGGAAGGCCUGCUCCACGGCGCCGAGUUUGACGAUGACGAAGGCUUUUCGGACGAGGAAGGCUUUGACGAGGAGAUUCUGCAGAGUGAGAUCCCCGCCGACGGCAUUGGUGGUUCAGCUGAUGGACUCGCCGCUGCCAAUAACUCGGGCGGCGCUGCCGACAAGACCAUCAAUCUCGAUGUCGAGAAGGAGGGUGGCCGGAUCGUCGCCAAAACGCCCGAAGGCACUCGCAUUGCCACCCCCAGCAAUGGUUCCGGCACGCCCAAGACCUCAGAGGGCGCUGGUGCUGGCGCCGCGUCGUCUUCUUCGUCGACUGCGAGCCCGUCCAAGCCGCCACCGUCGUCGUACGCAUCGGCAUUGCAGAAGAAGCCUACGGACUGGCAUCUCGAGUUCUCGAUCGGCUCGGAGAAGCUCAGUCUCGACACGACCAUCUACGGAGCGGUGCAUCGAUUCGAGACCGCACAGGCACGAGACCAGAACCAGAGCUCGUCUUCCUCGGUCGUCAAUGCCGUCUCCUCGCUGCACGGCGGGAGCAGACACAUCUGGAGCAAUGUCUACACGGUCCGAUACAAGAAGGUGCCUGGUGCUGACGCGAAGGCAGCCGCCGAAGCGACGCCUGAGCCUACGUCAGCCGACAACGCAUCGGUAGAGCUGCCUGCUUCGAUCAAGGAGGAUGCUCCGUAUGCCAAGCUGCUGCAGCUGCUCGCGGUGCUACACUCGCUCAACAUGGAAUGGCGCGAGGCCUCGCGAGCAGGUGCUGCUGUUGCUCCCAGCACAGUCUCGGACGCCAAUGGCCACGUUGUGUCUCACUCGAUGGCGUCUGCGCUGACGGAAUCAGCCUUUGUCAACAACAAGCUGACGGCCAAGCUCAACCGCCAGUUGGAAGAGCCCAUGAUUGUCGCUUCCGCCUGCUUGCCGGCAUGGUCGACGGACUUGCCCAAGCACUUCCCCUUCCUGUUUCCCUUCGAGGCGCGAUUCGCUUUCCUACAGUCGACAUCGUUUGGCUAUGCUCGACUGCUCACUCGAUGGCAGGCGCUGCAUAGCCGUAGCCAGGAGCCCGGCAGCAGCAGCUCUUCGCGGCUGGACGACUCGUUUGGCUUCCUCGGCCGACUGCAGCGGCAGAAGGUGCGCAUCUCGCGCGGCAAUCUGCUAGCCUCAGCCUUCAAGGUGUUUGAGCUGUACGGCUCCAACUCGUCGGUGCUCGAGGUGGAGUACUUUGAAGAGGUGGGUACUGGAUUGGGCCCCACGUUGGAGUUCUACUCACUCGUGUCCAAGGAAUUUGCGCGUAGAGAUCUCAAGCUGUGGCGCGACAGCCGUGCUGGUGGAUCGGACGAGGAUGGCAGCCAGUACGUGUUCAGCCCGCUCGGCCUGUUCCCUGCUCCACUGCUGGUGGCGCGCGGCAGCGCCGAAGGGGACCGAGACAAAACCAGCUCGUCCUCGUCGGAAGGCAGCGAAGCGGAUGGAUCGGUGCAGAAACGGCUGCAGGCGUUCCGCAUCCUGGGACAGUUUGUGGCCAAGGCGCUACUGGAUUCGCGCAUCAUCGACUGCAACUUCUCGCCCGUGUUCAUGGGUGCAGUGCUAAACCAGCAUGUGGCGCCGACGCUGGCCACUCUGUCGUGCGUCGACGCAACGCUGGCUCGAUCGCUGGCAUCGAUGCGCAAGAUGCCUGCAGACGAAAUCGAAUCGCUCGGCCUCGACUUUACGCUGCCUGGGUACGAGUCGAUCGAACUGCACCCGGGCGGUCGAGAGGAGACGGUGACGGGCGCCAACGUGGAGCGCUACAUCUCAGAGGUGCUGGACAUGACGCUGCACCAGGGCAUUCGUGCAGCUGUGCGUGCUUUCCGUCAGGGCUUCAACCUGAUCUUCCCGAUCUCGGCCAUGUCGAGCUUCACGGCGGACGAGCUAGUGAUGCUGUUCGGUAACACAGAGGAGGACUGGAGCGAGAAAACGCUGGUGGCGAGCGUCAAGCCGGACCACGGCCUCAACGCCGACUCACCGACGUUCCGCGACAUUGUGGCCAUCAUGGCGGCAUUUGACGUCAACCAGCGUCGCGAAUUUUUGCAGUGGCUCACCGGCUCGCCCAAGCUGCCCAUCGGCGGCUUCUCGGGCUUGCACCCGCAGCUGACGAUUGUCAAGCGGCCGCACGAGGCGCCACUGACGCCGGACGACUACCUGCCGAGUGUGAUGACGUGCGUCAACUAUCUCAAGAUGCCCAACUACUCGUCGCGGGACAAGAUGCGCGAGCGUCUGCAGACGGCCAUGAAGGAGGGUUCGACCAGCUUCCACCUGUCGUAG